CGCAAAGCGGCUGAAUCUGGCGCGAAAUUCGCGGUAAUUCGCGCGCGUAAUCACCGCCUGCGCGUCUUGUGCUGUAUGCUGUGUGUGGUCUCGACCGCGUGCCUAGCGGCGUCGUCUUCUCCGCGUUGUAGUCCUCAUCCGACAGCGCGAUGACGUCGUCCCCUUCGCCUUGCAGCCCGCCGAUCCGAGACCAGGCUUACUACCCGUGGAACUGGCACGAAGUCGCCGGAGCCGUCGACCUGAAGAGCCCGCGCGCCGGCACUGCCGCGGCGGUCGCGGGGCGUCCCUCGUCGCCGCAGACGCCGAGCACUCCGCACGGAGGAGCUGACGGCCAACGUCGCGGCCGCCCGAGGCUCGACACCAUCACGUCUCUGAUCCGCGAAGGUUCCUCGUCUCCCAGCAACAUCAAGUGCAAAGUCUGCAACCGCGUGUUUCCGCGCGAGAAGUCGCUGCAGGCACACAUGCGGACGCAUACUGGUGAGAAGCCGUACGUCUGCGACUUUCCGGGCUGCCAGCGAGCAUUUGCACAGAGUGGCCAACUGAAGACACACCAGCGGCUGCACACGGGUGAAAAGCCUUUCGUCUGCUCCGAACCAGGAUGCAGCCAAAGGUUCACCCACUCGAACCGUCGCUGCAGCCUGCACCCGUUUGCAGCGCUUCGACGCCACGAUGCCAGCACUGCUGCGGUUGACAACACAGAGGACAAGCAGGCCAACUGUGAAAACGAGAGUGAGGCAGUGACGCUGUGGCUGAAAGGUCACUCGAAGCAGACGCACGAAGGAAUGACACAUCCGAAGACACGCCAGCUGAAACGGGAACUGGAUGCUCAAGCAUGCAUAGACUCCGAGGAGCUGUUACAGAAGAGGAAGUUAGUCCCGUCCUCGCAACGCGACAUGAUCGGCGCGCUUGCGCUCAUCGAACUCUCAAACAAGGGCCACGGGUGUGCUCCCGCCGCCACCAUGGAGAGGGUUGAAUCCGUUCCUGCCUACACAGCCUUUUCCAUCGAGGUUGAUGACCGGCCACUCGAUCUCAGCGUGUCUCGGUACUACAGUUGCGACAGCUAGCUGCAACAAAGGCUGUUGACCUUGACCCAAGGCAACAUGGAUGCCACAUGAUCUCACGUUAACUCGUGUUGUACGUUUCUGUUUAAAGGUCCCAAGAGGUCCGUGACAGAAGGCACAAACUAGAGUGGAACGAGCUCACAAGUCAUGUUUUUAGUUUUCUAAUGCCGUCACAGUUUGCUCAUUCCAUCAUGAACUCAUACCAGACAGUGUUAUCCUGUCCAGUCCUUACACUGGUGGAGAAAAUGGUAGAGAAGCUUACUAUAUAUGCCACUGUUCCAUCCACUUCAUUGUUUUGUAUGUUGCUGUCAUUGGUGAGGGUCACCUAGGAUGCUUCACAGUCGUAGUGCCGAAGAAUGCGGGAACUCGGAAUGCAUUUUUAAAAUGUCAGCUGAAUAUUCAAAUAAUGGUGCCACAUUUAGAAUGUGCUGGUACCUUGCUGUGCAGCUCGUUCAAGUGCCGGAAGAGGCAUUGAUGCUGCUUAGGCCUCACAAUGUUCCAAAGUGAGUAAGCAAGCACAUGAUGCCAACCUUAGGCGUGCCAUUGUAAAGUAUCCUCGGGUGACUUGUGCUUGAAUGUUGUUGUAGUUAGUCGUAAAAGGGCACUAAAGACAGAUAGACGAACUUUAAUUACAAGGUCCUGAGAAGCUUUGCCCUAGGGUAGAGCUGCGGGCCGCUCCCACGUGGGGACUGGUGGGCAGAGCCUCACCGCCGCAUCAUGCGCUCUCUGGACAGCCCAGGGCACUAAAUGAAAAUAUUAAAUCAAGCUAGAUCAAUAAAUUGUUUGCCCAGAAGUGUACAAUCGUUUUCUGCGUGCCAAUGUAUCACUUUGUUGCAUAGAAAAUUGCCGCCAAGGUCCCGCUGCUGCUCCUUAAUUUGAACCGCCUGCACCAGGAUAGACAAGUUCACAUAAUCUUCACACUCUCUGUGAAUCAGCCAGUGCACAUCACAAUGAGGUACCAUGGCCCACAGCAGGUGGCAUCAUGGUGACUUUUGUUUAUGUCAUUUUCUCACUUACAAAAGCUCAAUUCUUGCUAUGAAUGACAAAUUCAUUAUUACAGAAGCCUAAUCUUUCAGUCUAGCUUGACUUGAUAUUUUCUUUUAGUGUCUCUUUGGGCACCCAGAAUUUAGGCACUUUACAGAAUAUUCAUUCUGCAAUCUGUGAGAAAAACUCACUUUGAUCAAGCAUUGUAAAUUGCUGAAGUGGCAUUGUAGCUGGCACUUAAACCUUCAGAUUGCAUUGUUGCUGUCACUGCCAGCAGAAAUGCAAUACGUGCACAAACUAAAUUAUGUAUGAAGUUAUUGCCAGCAUGUACUACUAAGUUCCUUUGUUCCUUGUUGGUGAAAUUCAUUCCCACAUGCACGAUUUGAUGAGGGAACUCGCCUUGUCCCAUCGCCAAGUUUGUAAACACUGACCACCUGAGAAAGCAGUCCAUGAAGUGCAGCCAUUCGCGUUUUGUUGUCUUCACAAGUCGCCAAUACAGUCUACGCUUGUUACAAAAGGCCCGCAUACAACAAACUUUAGGAUAUAACGGAGAAUAUUUCAGCCCUAGUUUGUUCUACCUAUUUUAUUAAUGCAACGAAGUUCGCUUUUAACGGACCACACUACAACAGACUAUCAGCUACAGCUGACGAAAUUAGCAGCAAUUUGUUUUAAAUUGGGCGUAUAAAACUGACUUGCCGUGUUCACAUGUGCUGACAACUGACUUGCAAGAGUCAGCCGACGAUCGUGGCUCAAUAUUUCGCGCGCAAGGGAGAAAGCCGGGGCACAAACUGUCUUCAUCUGCACCUGAG